AUGUUGUUUCUACCACCAAGGCGGCAGCUCUUCAUCCUGCUGUUCGCCUCCCUCACCGUCUUCCUCUGCAUCUCCUUCCUCGCCACAGACGUCGGCUCCACCGCCCUGACCACAGUUAAGACCAAGGUCUCCGAGACGGCGUCGCACGUCAUCAACAACACCAAUCCUCCCAAGGGGACGACAGUCGAUGUCAAUGCCAAGAAGUACAAGCCGACGCCGACAUACACUCCCCCUCCCGUGCAGGACCCCUUCCCCCUGCUCGCGACCUCGACGCCGCCUCCGAUACCCAAGUGGAACGCCCCCCGCGAGAACCUACACAAGGACUACGGCCUCGAGUAUGCGCCUCCGCUGCUCAUCGGCUUCACCCGCACCUACCCGGUCCUCCUCCAGGCCGUCGUCUCGUACAUCACCUCGGGCUGGCCCCCCUCGCAGAUCUACGUCGUCGAGAACACGGGCGUCCAGCAGGCCAACACGCGCCGCCAGCUCAGCCUGCAGAACCCCUUCUUCCUCGACCACGCCGCCCUCGGCAAGCUCGGCGUCAACAUCGUCCAGACGCCGGCGCUGCUCAACUUUGCGCAGCUGCAGAACCUCUACCUCUCCAUGUCGUACGCCCGCAACUGGACCUACUACUUCUGGUCGCACAUGGACGUGCUGGCCCUGCCCUACGAGGACGGCCUCGAGGGCGUGACCCCGCGCUACGACGAGCCGGGCUACCGGUCGCUCUACGAGGCCGCCUGCCGCGCCGCCAACGAGACGCUGGCGGCGGACCCGCGCUGGGGCAUCCGGCUCUUCGCCUACGACCACCUCGCGCUCGUCAACCGCGCCGCGUACGAGGACGUCGGCGGCUGGGACACGCUGAUCCCCUACUACAUGACCGACUGCGACAUGCACUCGCGCCUCGAGAUGGCCGGCUGGACGCUGCGCGAGGCCAGGGCCGGCGUCGUGACCGACGUCAACACCGUGCUCAAGGACCUGCGCGCGCUGUACCGCGACCCGGCCGUCGUGCCCGAGUUUCUCGACCCGAACCCCCCGCCGCCGCCUCCUCCGCCGUCGGAGGAGGAAAAGAAGGAUGACAAGCCCGACGGAGCAGGAGCAGGAGGAGUCAAGGACAAGCGCGAGGGCGAGGGCGAGGACGCCAACAUGGUCUACUACCACAAGCUGCGCGACGUGGCCAACAGCAUGUUCCACUACAAGCACGGCGAGCGGGGCCGCAACACGUGGCAGCUCGGCCAGCAGGGCGGCGAGGGCGAGCCCUUCUACUACCCCGCCGCCGGCAUCGCGCAGGGCAUGGACAUGCUGACCGAGACGGGGCGGCAGGUCUUCCGGAAGAAGUGGGGGUGGGCCGGGUGCGACAUCCUCGGCGAGCAGGCGCAGAGGAAGCUUGGGGACGAGUGGAGGGUCGAGGAGAAGAGGUGA